UUCGAAUAGAAAAAUAAAAUUACAAAAAAAACACAAGAAACUGUUUCGUUAAAUUAAAAAAACUCCAUCGGCUUAAUAUAAUAAUUUUUUUUUGUUAAUUACUUGAAAUUUUAUUCUUUGGACUCAUUUCAAGAUUUUUUGUUAUAUUUUUUUUUUUCAUGUGCGUGGCUAGAAAGUUUCGAAAGAAAAAGCGCAGGCGCGACCACGUAUAAAGUUUUCCGACGUGCUUUAAAACGUGAACUUAAAUUUGUACACAACUGUACAUUUAGCUAUUUAUCUAUCGGCAGUUUAGUACUAAUCUAGUUUUUUUUUUGGCUAUUUACAAUUUAUCGUGUUAAUUGAGAAUUUUGUGAAAAUGUCAUCAGGAGGUUGGGAAGUAGUUGGAAAAAAUAAGAAAGACAAAUCUGGUGUUCGUUCAACUAAAUUGACUAAGGCAGAAAAGAAAAAAUUUAUCGAGAAUGCUCCAAAAGUUGAAGAUUUUUUACCUUUGGACCAAGUGAAAACUUUGUAUGAUAAUUUGGAAGGAAAUAAGGAAAAUAAAAAACCACCAAAGGGAAAAGAUAGUAAAACGAAGGAAAAUGAAGAGAGAAAAAAACAACAGAAGCAACAACAACAACAACAGCAACAAACUGAAAAGAAAAAGGAGAUCCCUAAAGAAAAGCCACCAAAAUCUAUAGAAGAUGCACUUAGAAUGAUAAAUGCAUCGGAAGUUGAAGAAAUUUUAAUUGCAGGACAAACUCGAUUUCCUGGUGCUCCAUUAAUUUGGCUUAAAGAUUUAGUUGCAUUUUUAAAUAUGAAAAUUCCUUUAGAAGUUAUUGAUCCAAUAUUUUCUGGUAGACCAGACGAUUAUCCAGCAAGUGUUGUACCAAAAUCAAUUAGAAUAAUACUUGAGAAAGCAAUUCAAAUUAGUGGCUCACAAAAUGUUCAACUUUUUUAUGAAUUUAAUUUAACGGCAAUGGCCUCUGAUCUUGUUAAAAAUCAACCAGUGAUUGGUUAUAAAAUUUUUCUUCAACUAUUAGCAAAAUUUAAUCCCGAAAUGACAAUAACAAGUAUUCCAAAAUUAAUAACAUUGAGAAAUUCUUAUCAAAAUAGAAAGCCAAUUGGUUUAUCAAUAAUAUGGGCACUUUCACAAAGUGGAAAAGAUAAUUUAACUGUUGGUUUAUCAGUUUGGCAUCAUGUCAUAUCACCAAUGUUAGAAGGAAAAAAUUAUGCCAAUUAUGUUUCACAAAUACUUAAAGAUUUAAUAACACGUCAUUCAAAUGGAAAGAAUGUCGAUGUAAAAGCUGAAUUAUAUUUAAAUAUUAUAGAUGAUGUUAUUUCUGGAAAAUUAAAUAUUGCGCCUACUUAUGUCAAUGAAAUUAAGCCUUUUAAUGAUAAAUUAAGAGAAAUGGUUUUUAAAUCGCCAAAUUUAAAAUGUCGUUCAUUGUUUGAAACAUUGAUGACAAAAUUGACUCCAAAGAGUAGUGCUAAUUAUAGAGAAGAAAUUGUUCAAGCACUGGUGGCUUGUUUAAUAAAAGACUCACAGUGCUUUAAUGUUUGGAAAAAUAUGUAUAAUAAGAAUUUAUAUCAGUCUGAUUUACUUUUAAAAAAUAUUAAUACCCAUUGGAAUACACUAAAGGUGAUUAAUAAAAAUAAUUUGUUUUUGGAAAUGCUUGAGGCCUUACAAACAACGCACAAAAAGACUAAAAAAAAUAAAGAUAUUCUCGCUGGAGAAUGCAAUAAAACUUGCGAAAUAUUGAUAAAGAAAAUGACUGCAAAAACCACCAGCGGUUUUCCGUGGAAAAAGGGAUGUUUCAUUCUUUUACUUCUAAUUGGUUCUCUUUUGGCAUUUGAUUGCCGAAAAAAUGGUUCCUUUGAAGCAUCAAGAACAAAUAAAUUCUUAAAAGAUAGCGGAGCUUUGGUAUAUGGUCAGAAAAUUUGGACUUCGACGAAAACAUAUUCCAAUGAUGGUCUAAAAUAUAUUGAAACUAGAUUCCCGGAUUAUUAUAAAACCACCGUUGAAUUCACUGCACCAUAUGUGAAAUUAGGAAAUGAUGUUUUCAUUGUAAGCAAGAACAUAUCGAUUAAAUUUUAUGACAAUGCUGCAACUUAUGUGACAGAAAAAACUCCCAUUGUUAUUGCCACUAUCGAACAAUAUGCACCAGGAAUGUUGUCAACAAUCGAAAAGCAAAGCAUCAAAGGAUUGGAAUUUAUUAAAAAAUCGUCAACUUAUGUUUGCGAGCAAAUUGUUGAUCGUUCCGUAAUGAUGGUAAAAUGGCUGGAAACAAAUGUUUUUGUAGGAAAAUUGAGUCCACAAAAUUUGCAGAAAUACGCAAAUCAAGCGAUAGACACGACGCAAUCGUUUGCAAGUCAAACGUAUGAUUGGGUCUAUGAAAAGGUGCAAACACUAUCAAAAAUUCAAUGAGGCGUGAAAAAAAGAAAAAAAAGAUCAACUUCCUUUUGUAGCAACUAUCAACAAUUAGUUAGCUACCAAAUUCCCUUCAUACCUCAAGCAUUUAUUAAUUAGAUUCCAAGAGUGUAGAUUGUACGAUUUAUAAUCAAUUUUUUUUUCGCGGUCAUUUUACCUGUGAUAUUCCAAGAAUGUACCGCUUGACAGUUCAACGCCUCUCUUUCUAAAAAAACGGUUUUGUUUUCGAAAAUGCAAUGGCAAAAAACGGUUCAUCGUUUUUUUUUAAAAAAAAACGUGCCAUUUUUAGAUUAACUACAUCAUGGAAUCAUCGUGCAAAAAAAAAAAAAAAACAUCGUGUCAAAGUAUUUUGUAUGUUGUUUUUAGAAUAUGAUUGAGUAAAUAUCUAAAAAAUAAA